GAUUGUUUUACUCUUUGUGGGAUAACAUCAGAAGGGUUUGUCUGGGCGAACCAAUCAGGUCCCUCCCUGCCAUAGAUCGGUGCUAUAAUACAUAGCAGUAAAAGCGGUCUGCUCGCACAAGCGGCUGUAGCUCGACUACGCAGAGAUUCCGUGGCUAAUUUUCUCACUUUUUACCCACGCAGCAACGUCUUUCCUUCGAUGUGUUCCGUUAUUAUUUUAAAGAGGCGUUCAUUUCCGCACCUGCCACGGUAGUGAUCGGGGGGCACCGGUAGCCUACAGACGAACUAGAAGAAGAGGAGACAAGGACAUUGUGGAAGCAGCGGAGCGAGAGGCAGGAGAGACAUAGAAACCGCCGCCGGUUGACAACAUACUGAGAGGCUCCGAGUAAUUUAGAUUUUAUGGACGAAAUGCUGCUGUUGACAAGAAUCGUUCUGGUCGGGUUGAUCUCCUUGUCCUUGGUGUCCUCUGGGAUGGGUUGUGGACCGGGCAGGGGCUACGGGAGGAGAAAACAUCCGAAGAAGCUGACACCUCUUGCGUACAAGCAGUUCAUCCCAAACGUCGCGGAGAAGACCCUGGGGGCCAGUGGCAGAUAUGAAGGGAAGAUCACACGGAACUCCGAGCGAUUUAAAGAACUGACUCCCAAUUACAAUACUGACAUUAUCUUCAAGGAUGAAGAGAACACCGGUGCGGACAGGCUCAUGACUCAGAGAUGUAAAGACAAGCUGAAUUCCCUGGCUAUCUCCGUCAUGAAUCAGUGGCCAGGGGUCAAGCUCCGCGUCACCGAGGGCUGGGACGAGGAUGGGCACCAUUUCGAAGAGUCCCUACACUACGAGGGAAGGGCAGUGGAUAUCACGACCUCCGAUAGAGACAAGAGCAAAUACGGCACGCUGUCCAGACUUGCAGUGGAGGCUGGAUUCGACUGGGUCUACUACGAGUCCAAGGCCCACAUCCACUGUUCUGUCAAAGCAGAAAACUCAGUUGCUGCCAAAUCAGGAGGCUGUUUCCCAGGCACCGCUUCGGUAACUCUCAAAGGUGGAAGCAGGAAGGCAGUGAAAGACCUCAGAGUUGGCGACAAAGUGCUGGCAGCCAACAGUGAUGGGAACCUCGCAUAUAGCGACUUCAUCAUGUUCGUGGACCAGGACUCUGCAACCAGAAGAGUGUUUUAUGUGCUAGAGACUAAAGAACCAGCCCAGAAAAUCAUCCUUACUGCUGCACAUAUGCUCUUUGUGGUCAACAACUCAACGGAUGAUCUCCACAGCAUGUCAGCAGUAUUUGCGAGCAAAGUCAAACCUGGACAAAAGGUGGUCGUCUUUGAUGAUUUGCAUAACCAACUGAAGUCGGUCACCGUGGAACGGAUUUACACGGAGGAGCACGAGGGGUCAUUUGCGCCUGUGACGGUUCAAGGAACCAUCGUGGUAGAUCAGGUGCUUGCGUCAUGUUACGCGGUAAUUGAAGACCACAAUCUAGCGCACCUGGCGUUUGCACCUGUCAGAAUGAGCUACUGGCUGUCCUCGUUGCUAUCCCCGAAAGACUACUCCAUGCCCAACGCCACCUUACACGAGGACGGAGUGCACUGGUACUCCAAGAUUCUAUAUCAAUUAGGAACGUGGCUCUUGGAUAGCCACGCGCUUCACCCACUGGGGAUGUCAAUAAACUCAAGUUGAAACCUCAUAUGGAAAAUCAAAAUGAGACUAAUGUAGAACAAUAAACAAUAGUAGAAUAAAAAAGACAGGCCCCAGCGGAGUUGGGAUAUUUAUUUCAGUGACUUUUACAUGUGUCCCUUUCAAAGAAUGAAUGGAGCCUUAAAAGUUUUAUUUGAAUAAUUUAUUCUCAUGUGAACUAACUGGUAUCACACGGAUGGAUUCUAAAACUGUGUGACCAGCAAAUUGUGCAGAAUCUAUUUUUGUAUAUCUCAAGUAAACCGCAAAGAAAAAGAAGACCAUGUAAAAAGCAGCAAACGUCUUGACAGGUUGCAAUGUUCUGUGCAUAUCAUGUGCAACUGACUGUUAUAUUUUGGGGAUAAACAAACUUCGUGGGGGUCCAUAAAUUAUAUUUUUAUACACAGAAUUGUAAAUUAGAUUUUGACAGAUCGUUACCGAAUCACAUUUCGUUAUUUGAAAUAGUGUAAGAUACGAGAAUAUAUUUUAAUUUAAAUAGUUGGGAAACGACUUGGAAAUCUUGUACUGUUUUGUUUAUUAAGAAUUCUAUUAUGUUGGAAACGUUUCGUUUAAGUUGUCAGAGUGGGACAGAUAUUCUGCCUCAUGUAUAUUUCCUCUGCUUUUGUUGUAUUUCUUUGAGAAAAUGUGAAAUGCACAUUCUGACAAUUCAGUAACAGUAUAAGUAGUAGCCUAUAGAAAAAAAAAACGUUUCGUUGAAUAAAUGAAUAAGUAACUCCUGUAAAUUUACUAAAAUGUAUUUUUCCUUUCAUAUUUUGUAAUAGGGAAAUAGUUUUAUAGAAAUUACAUGCGGCAUAUGCACAGUUUGGAUAGUUUAUAGCGUUCCAGUUAACUUUCAUAACAGGGCGAUGUGUCAAAAAUGUCUAGAGUUUAUUAUUUAUAUGUUUAUUACAAAAUGAUAUAAAGAAAAUAUUCAAACCUGCA